GCCCACCAAUCCCAAGCGCUCCAUCGUGCAUGCGGUGGUGGUGGUGGUGGUGGGUGGUGUUGCUGUAACGGCAGGCAACAGCGACCGUGUUGUUGUUGUGUGAUAUUUUGCGCCCCAACAACAACGAAGAUGGCGGAUGUGGACUCGAUGCCGGAGGACCGGAAGCUGAAGACAACGGGAAAGGUUGGCGGCUUCCACGAGAGCAAGCUGCCCUUUGCCAAAGAUGCGGAACCCGUGCUGAAACACUUGGACGGACAGAAGUACGCUGUCAUUGCCAUCGACCAGGAGACACACGAGCUCACGCUCGACCAAGUUGGGGAAUGUGCAUGCAAAGCGAAACAGGUGCAGGAGUUGCUGCACACCGCGGAGCCGCGGUUCUAUGUGCUCAACUUCAAGAAGAAGCUGUUUGUGUACUGCUGCCCCGACAACGCGCCUCGCAAGCUGCGCAUGCUCUACAGCACCGCCAAAGCAAACACCCUCGCACAGCUCAAGAAGCUUGGCUUCAAGCCGAGCGUCACACUGGAGAUCUCAGAGCCAGAUGAUCUUGACGACAACACCAUCGUCGGCAAGCAUCCGUCCUCCUCCUCAUCAUCAUCAUCAGCACCACAGGACAAAGGCAAACCAGGCAGAAAGAACUCUGCGCCGAAGACGGUGGUGCCGUCCCAAAUGACGGGCUCGCUGUCGGAGUUUAUGGCCAAGUCCCUUGGCAAGAGCGCAAUGUCUGGCGGGAAGAAGCGCGUUGUGCUGCCACCGAGCGGCGCAUACGGCUGAUGGUGAAGCAGUGACCGUGACGGCAGCAGUCUGUCUCGCUUUGCUUUGCCAUUGCUCCACACCAUCGUCGUCGUGGUGACAUGAUGCUUCAAGAUGGUCCAUUUCUCAGCCACGCUCAUAGCUCUCUUACUUCACCUCACUUCCCUUCACUUCAUCACAUUCACAUCACGACAGCCUUUGCUGCUCUUCUUGCUUCGUUACACACGCACGCACACACACACACACACACACGCACACACACACAUACACACACACUGCUCCCCUGCAUCAUCAUCGUAUGUG